CCGGGAGCCCGGUCCGAGAGCAGCGGCGGCGGCGGCGGCCGGAGGGACGAUGAGCGGUGCGGCGCGGGCGGGCCCGGCCCGGCUCGCCGCGCUCGCGCUGCUGACCUGCAGCCUGUGGCCGGCGCGGGCAGACAACGCGAGCCAAGAGUACUACACGGCGCUCAUCAACGUGACGGUGCAGGAGCCCGGCCGCGGCGCCCCACUCACAUUCCGCAUCGACCGCGGGCGCUACGGGCUCGACUCACCCAAGGCCGAGGUCCGCGGUCAGGUGCUGGCGCCGCUGCCCAUCCACGGAGUUGCUGAUCAUCUGGGCUGUGAUCCUCAAACACGGUUCUUUGUCCCUCCUAACAUCAAACAGUGGAUUGCCUUGCUGCAGAGGGGAAAUUGCACCUUUAAAGAGAAAAUAUCACGGGCUGCUUUCCACAAUGCAGUUGCUGUAGUCAUAUACAAUAAUAAAUCCAAAGAGGAGCCAGUCACCAUGACUCAUCCAGGCACUGGAGAUAUUAUUGCUGUCAUGAUUACAGAAUUGAGGGGUAAAGAUAUUUUGAGUUACCUGGAGAAAAACAUCUCUGUACAAAUGACAAUAGCGGUUGGAACUCGAAUGCCGCCAAAGAACUUCAGCCGUGGCUCUCUAGUCUUCGUGUCAAUAUCCUUUAUUGUUUUGAUGAUUAUUUCUUCAGCAUGGCUUAUAUUCUACUUCAUUCAGAAGAUCAGGUACACAAAUGCCCGGGACAGGAACCAGCGUCGUCUUGGAGAUGCAGCCAAGAAAGCCAUCAGCAAAUUAACAACCAGAACAGUGAAAAAAGGUGAUAAGGAAACAGACCCAGACUUUGAUCAUUGUGCAGUCUGCAUAGAAAGCUAUAAACAGAAUGAUGUUGUCCGGAUUCUCCCCUGCAAGCAUGUUUUCCACAAAUCCUGCGUGGAUCCCUGGCUUAGUGAACAUUGUACCUGUCCUAUGUGCAAACUUAAUAUUUUGAAGGCCCUGGGAAUUGUGCCAAAUUUGCCAUGUACUGAUAACGUAGCAUUUGAUAUGGAAAGGCUCACCAGAACCCAAGCAGUUAACCGAAGAUCAGCCCUAGGUGACCUCGCCAGUGACAACUCCCUUGGCCUCGAGCCACUUCGAACUUCGGGAAUCUCGCCUCUUCCUCAGGAUGGGGAUCUCACUCCUAGAACAGGAGAGAUCAACAUUGCAGUAACAAAAGAAUGGUUUAUUAUUGCCAGUUUUGGCCUCCUCAGUGCUCUCACACUCUGCUACAUGAUCAUCAGAGCCACAGCUAGCUUGAAUGCUAAUGAGGUAGAAUGGUUUUGAAGAAGGAAAAGAAUGCUUUCUGACUGAUUGCCUUGAAGGAAAAAAGAACCUAUUUUUGUGCAUCAUUUACCAAUCAUGCCACACAAGCAUUUAUUUUUAGUACAUUUUAUUUUUUCAUAAAAUUGCUAAUGCCAAAGCUUUGUAUUAAAAUAAAUAAAUAAUAAAAUUAAAA